AUGGAGUUGCCAUUUUUUCACGGAAAGAUAACAAGAAGAACUUGUGAAGAACUGCUGACCAAGAAAGGAAAGAAUGGUAGCUUCUUAAUACGAGAGAGUGAAACUGUAGCGGGAGCCUUGUGUCUGUGUGUUCUCUUUGAAGAAAUCAUCUAUACUUAUCGCAUCUUCAGGGAACACCAAGGGUAUUUCAGAAUACAGACUUCGGAAGGUGUUCCGGAGAAGACCUUCAAAACUUUAAAGGAUUUAAUAUACACCUACGAAAAGCCAAACCAAGGACUAGUAACAAACCUCCGCUACCCAGUCUUGAAGCCGAAGCCCCCCCAAAGAAGCGCAAGGUUCAMGUCAGAUGCAGAUGACAUCUAUAACGAAAUGGAAGAGGAGGAUUAUAUUAAUGUCCUACCUUGAACGAUCUGCACCUGAUGAUUUGGAAGCUGCCCCUACAGACUGUUGUGCCACAACAGAAGAGAUCAACUGGUGACACUUGCUAGGCAGGCAUUCUCAGGUGUGCACCUAAACAUCUGGAAUUAAUUCCUUUUGGAGCCUAUCCGAGCAACUGUCUUUUGCUCCAGUAACCCCAUACAAACUGUUUUUUUAUAGCAUGAAGAAAAACUAUUUUUUUUUUUCUGACAGAUACAUGCAUAGAUGUAUGCUUGUCUGUUUUGGAUUUUAGUCAGCAAACUGUUCAGUGUGCUUCCUGCUAAAAUGAACAACCUGUUAGAAAACAGCAAUAUAAGUAUGAUAAAGGAAUGUAUAUAAAGUAGAAUUAAUGUGUAAUGUGUAUAGAGAAGAACUGAUG